AUGGCGUCGGCCCUACCUGCGUCCGGCGCAAAUCCGCCGUUCGCAGCUGCCGCGCCGUCAGCGCCGACAAUUGGCAGCAUGUCCCAGUAUACCGUCAACAACGCUGACCUGGCGGACAUUCAUCGGCUCAGUCGGCUGUCGUCCUUCGGCACCAUGGACCGAUACAGCCGACGGCGCCCCCCCCCAAAGCGCAAGCCGCACCCCGUCAAGGCGCUGUUUAAGUGGUGGGCCUCCUGGUCUGUGCCGGGCCUGGGCAUGUUCAGCGAAGCCUACAUCAUAUUCAGCCUGGGCCUGAUCAAGCCGCUGCAAAAGGCCAUGUACCCAGCCUGCUUCGACACCCACACAGCCUGCAGCGACGAAGAGGUCGCGGGCAUUAUCGCCGGCAUGCUGCUGUUUGGGACCCUGGGUGACGUCAUCGGGCGGUGCUGGGGCAGUCUUCUGUCCACGUAG